UCAACAACAGGUUUCAUCAGCGCGAGGCUACAGGGCCCACAAUCAGUAAGCCAAGGAGUCCCCGCCAGUGUUGAUAUCGAAAGAGCUCCGCCUUAAAGACAUCUGGUGAGGACAACGAAGCGGACAUGGCCAAGCUGCUGCUGGUACGCUGGCGUUGGGCGUGGAUAUUGGUAGUUGGCGUGGGCGUGAAAGCUGCCACUGUUUACAUGGGAGAAACGCCCAUAAGGUGCCUAGCCAACGACACCAGCCAGUUCACCACAAUGUCGAGGAUCAUGUGCGCCCUCAUCUGUACCAUGCAUCAAGGAUUCACCUUCUCCUUCCAAGGUGGCGUGUGCACGGUCGGAGGAGCUGGUGAAGCAGUAGGAGCGACACACAUGAGGUACACGCUGACCAACAUACCAGAUUGCUCUGCCCUUCAAGAGGUCGCCCACGCCGGCAAGACCGCCUACGCUAGCAGCUUUUAUAGUCCCGACUUCGACCAGAGUAAAGCAAUAGACGCCUACCUGACCACCUGGUUUUCAUCGAUUGCUGGAGGGACGAGACCGUGGUGGAUGCUGGACCUGGCGAACGUCUUUUGCAUCUGCCGGAUCCAGCUCCUGCCCCGAGGGGCGCCCGAUGACUCUCCAUACUUCCGUGACAUCGAGGUACGCGUGGGCUCUACAAACGUUACCAAUGGAAACUUCAGCUCCUGGGCCCUGUACGCCACGUAUCCUGGACCAUAUUCCUACGGCGGCGGCUACAUCGAUCUCCUUAAACCAGUGGGUGUCUGUGGCCGCUACGUCAGCGUCCAGAGAGUCGUAGAUAACUCGUGCAGUCACAAGCUCUUCGAUGUUAAUGUCUUUAUUUGUUAAUUUAGCAAAAAUUACUAUCUUAAAGUGGAUAGGAUAACCAUGGUUCAGGGUAAUUAUUUAUUAAGUUGCAUGUUUGUAUCCAAGAACAAUCCAUCCACAUGUAGCGAAUGUCUUUGAGGUUUUCACAUAAAUUAUGACAGGUUACAUUAAUGAUUUCCUAACACCUUUAGCAUUUAUAACAUUAAUAUAAUCCCACCUUAUAAUAUACUAAGCCUUAACUUACAGUAUUCCAACCCUAACUUAUUAUAUGUUAUCUAACACUUUGCAUACUGAUGUAUUCUAGUCCAGACAUUUCGGAAAUAUUCAUUAUGAUAAUUUGUGUUCAGGGAAAUGGUCCAAAAAUAAAUUCAAAUAGAUUUAGCACUAAAAAGAGCUUUGUAAGUUGUAGUCCCAAUCAAGCACAAACUAAUCCACUUCUUCAAAUUCCAAAAUCAUAAUCUAAAACUUUAUUCGUAAGUG